UCCCACCAUCUUCGCCACCUGAGUUCAUCAAUCAAAUUAUCUUUUCAGACAUAUCCUUUUAGAGAAAUGAAGCCACUCAGUCUUCUUUGCAUUUUCAUUAUUCUUUCCUUUCUCCUGCAGGGUUUUUCAGAGGCUAUCACUACUGUGGAUGCAGGGACCAAUACAGUAGCACUCAGCAAAAAGUAUCACUAUCAGCCAAAAAUCAAUUGCAAAAGUGAAUGUUCAAGGAGAUGCAGCAAAGUGUUCAGAAAGAAGAUAUGUAUGCGUGCUUGUGGGACUUGCUGCAGUCGGUGUCACUGCGUCCCGCCCGGCACUUACGGCAACCACCAAGCUUGCCCUUGCUAUGCUCGCCUCAGGACCCAUGGCAAUAAGCCCAAGUGCCCCUAAUUUCCACUCUACUCUUCCAACCCUACUUCUACACUAUUUCCUUUUAUAUAUUGGAGGUCAUUUAAUUCUUUGUAUUUUCCAUUUAUGUUUAUAUACUAUUAAUGUGUAUAAAAAUGCCAAGGUGAGCAUUGCUCAUCUGGCAUAUAAAUGUGUUAUUGAUCAAGAUGUUUCAACCUUCCAGUUAAGACAACUCAUUAGCCUUAAUUGGAUUUUGGGUUUGAGUAUCUUGAUUUCCUUCUCAAAAUUCAUUAUGUUAUGGAAUUCUUCUAGAAGGAUUCCUUCUGUUAAUGAUGAUAAUUUAUUGUGGGUGAGUGUAUUUUGCAAGAGUUUUCCUCCCAGGCCAACUAUAUAGGAUUGGUGUUAUUUACCUAUCAAUAUAUUGAAGCCAAGGGUUUCUCUUGCAUUCUCUCUUUUUGAUUAUGUUGAUUUUCCCACCUCUGUUGUACUAUAUCUAAGUGGCUUGUGUUGCUUACAAUUGGAAUAAAAAUCAGUGCUGUAUUUUUUUCCAUAA